CUUCACAGGCAGCCGGCGGAGGAGAGCCACCAGUCCGAGUUGGUUGAUCCGAGGCGACGAAACUCACCGACUGGCAUCCGCGCUGGAGAGGAUCGAGGAGUCGCGUUCAGUGCGCCCAGUCCGCCUCCUCCACGCUGCCCCACGCACGACAGGAUGAACGCAGUCUGGAGGUUUGGACACUUUGGACCGCAGCGCGCAGUGGGAAACAGGAUUUAGUGGAGAAGUUGGCUUUCUGAGCGGCGGUGCCCGAGCCGAGGACUCUCACUGUCAGGUCGUGAGGUGGAUUUCAGACUUUUUUUCCCCCCACUGUCGCCUAACUGCUCCCUGAGAAGCGAGGACUAACGGAUUUAAAAGUAGACUAGUCUCUGUGGGUUUUAUGAAGUUUACUGGAGAAUAACGGCUGUUUUUUCUUCUGAAUGCUUGGUGACAUCUGAAGUCUGAGAUUUGCUGUCAAAACGGGAUACUUUGUGUCAGUGGCAGGGAGUUGUUGGAUUGUUUCUUGCGGCGUCGGAGGCCGCCCUUCUGCUGGACAGCAUGCGAACGGAGGAUGUUGUCUGAGUCUGAGUCGGGCCUUGCUGCUCUACGUCUCACCCCGUCGUGCAGAGGAAUGACGGCUCUGUGGUGCUCACUCUGGCUUUCCUUCCUCCUGCCUCUCUGCGUCGCUCCAGCCAGGCUGCCCACUGCUCAGCCCACAGACUCUGUGUCCAGCGAGACAGCCUUCCUGGAGGACUAUGUUCUGGGCAUGGGGGACACCCUGGAAAUGUCAUGUGACCUGGAAGACCACUCAGAGCCCGUUGUCUGGUUCAAAGAUGGCGCUGGGCUGGUGCCUAGCAACCGGACGAGGCUGGGCCAGAGGAUGUUGCGCAUCAUCAACGUGUCGUACGAGGACUCGGGCGUCUACUCGUGCCGGCUCGCCCACAGCAACACGCUGCUCAGCAACUACACCAUCCGGGUGACAGAUUCUCUGUCGUCUGGUGAUGAUGAAGAUUAUGACGAAGAUCCAGAAGAUGCAGGUAAUGGAAAUGAGGCUCCAUACUGGACCAGGCCUGAACGGAUGGACAAGAAACUCUUGGCCGUUCCAGCCGCCAACACCGUGAAGUUCCGCUGUGCCGCGGCUGGAAACCCAACGCCGAGCAUCCACUGGCUGAAGAACGGCAAAGAGUUCAAGGGAGAGCAGAGGAUGGGAGGAAUCAAGCUGAGACACCAGCAGUGGAGUCUGGUGAUGGAGAGCGCCGUGCCAUCAGACCGGGGAAACUACACCUGCGUGGUGCAGAACAAGUACGGCGCCAUCACCCACACCUACCAGCUGGAUGUGCUAGAGCGUUCCCCUCACAGGCCCAUCCUCCAGGCAGGUCUGCCAGCCAAUCAGACGGUGGUGGUGGGCAGCGAUGUGGAGUUCCACUGUAAGGUUUACAGUGACGCCCAGCCGCACAUUCAGUGGCUGAAACACAUUGAGGUCAACGGCAGCCGCUACGGGCCUGAUGGCGUUCCCUAUGUCAACAUCCUGAAGAGUGUUGUCAGUAUACACACUGAGGCCCAUAGUAAGUUGAAUCUGUCCAACGUGACAGAGACAGACGCUGGGAAGUACUGGUGUCGCGCCUCAAACUUUGUAGGCAAGUCGGAAAACGCUUUCUGGCUUAAGGUACACAAACCAGCAGUGAGCCCGGAGAAGGAGGACUACUACGCCGACAUACUCAUCUAUGUGACAGGCUGCGUACUUUUCAUCCUUGCCGUGGUCAUCGUCGUCCUUUGCCGCAUGAGGAUGACCACGCAGAAGACGCUGCCCACACCGCCUGUGCAAAAGCUAUCAAAGUUCCCCCUCAAGAGACAGGUAACAGUGUCCUUGGAUUCCAACUCCUCCAUGAACUCCAACACCCCAUUGGUCAGGAUCGCCCGCCUGUCAUCAAGCGACGGACCGAUGCUCGCCAACGUCUCAGAGCUGGAACUGCCCUCCGACCCCAAAUGGGAGUUUCCUCGAACACGGCUAACUCUGGGCAAACCUUUGGGCGAAGGCUGCUUCGGUCAGGUAGUGAUGGCCGAGGCCGUCGGCAUCGACAAGGAAAAGCCCAACAAGCCUCUCACUGUUGCUGUGAAAAUGCUGAAAGAUGACGCCACAGAUAAAGACUUAUCCGACCUGGUGUCAGAGAUGGAGAUGAUGAAGAUGAUUGGAAAACACAAAAACAUUAUCAACCUGCUCGGAGCGUGCACGCAGGACGGUCCUCUGUACGUCCUGGUGGAAUACGCCUCUAAAGGCAACCUGAGGGAGUACCUGCGGGCGCGGCGGCCGCCAGGAAUGGACUACUCCUUCGACACCUGUAAAAUCCCUGACGAGCAGCUCACCUUCAAAGACCUGGUGUCUUGCGCCUACCAGGUCGCCCGAGGCAUGGAGUACCUCGCCUCUCAGAAGUGUAUCCACAGAGACUUGGCAGCCAGGAACGUCCUUGUGACGGAGGACAACAUUAUGAAGAUCGCCGACUUCGGUCUCGCAAGAGACGUGCACAAUAUAGACUACUACAAAAAGACCACAAACGGUCGUCUGCCCGUGAAAUGGAUGGCUCCGGAGGCCCUGUUCGACCGGGUCUACACGCACCAGAGCGACGUGUGGUCCUAUGGGGUGUUGUUGUGGGAGAUCUUCACCCUGGGAGGCUCGCCGUACCCAGGGAUCCCAGUAGAGGAACUGUUUAAGCUGCUGAAGGAGGGACAUCGGAUGGACAAACCUGCCAACUGCACCCAUGAACUGUACAUGAUCAUGAGGGAGUGCUGGCAUGCCGUGCCGUCCCAGAGACCGACCUUCAGACAGCUGGUAGAAGAUCACGACCGGGUUUUAUCAAUGACCUCCACCGAUGAGUACCUGGACCUGGCGGUGCCCUUCGAGCAGUACUCACCCACCUGUCAGGACUCCAACAGCACCUGCUCCUCGGGAGACGACUCGGUUUUCGCCCACGACCCGCUGCCUGACGAGCCCUGUCUUCCCAAACAGCUCCCCAGUAACGGGGUGAUAAGGACAUAAAACCUGAGCUGGGAGGGGCGGUUGGACUUUAACCUCCUCUCACAGUUUGUGACUAACAAAGACCUCUCAGUGACUCAAGCUCCUCAAGAUAUGGAAAUCAAAACUCUGCAUGCAAUACUUCCACAGUGCUUCAGCUCUUUGAUUCGUCUUAAACUCUUGGUUGAAAUCCUCUUUCACUGAGUUUUCUUCCUCCUCCUCGUCCUCCUCCUCCUCCUCCUCGUCCCCCCCUCCUCCUCCCCAAGAGACUCUUGAAACAUUGAAGGAUUAUUUUUUGCCGUCGAACCAUGUUUGUGUUCUUCUUUUCAGAAAUGAAAUUAUAUUUUUGUACUCGGGCCAGUCUUUUGUUACGGACAAUCUGUUGGGUGAAACCAUUCCGUGCCUACUGGGAUAAAACCUCCUGAGACUGGAUAAAAAGACAAAAAGGAUAAAAGAGGAGGGAAUGAAGGGCAUUGGUCAGGGACCGGUUGGCAAUCCAGUAGGCGAGGACCUCAGAUUUUUAUCCUCUCGUCUGCACGGAGCCCUUGGAUCGCGAUAAGAGUUUGCGAUCUUAAAGAAAAUCCGUUGACAAGAUACCAGCAAAGCCAGAAUCAACACGAUGAUGGGACUCGUUCUUCCGAAGACUCAAUAACUUGUCUCAGCUUUUACAGAAGACGUUCAAGAACAGAGAGGAUAACAUGAGCAUAUGACUGUGUUUUCUCAUGAAUUUGUACACCAUCGACACGUUUUAGCAUCCCGAAAAAAACAGUUUUGUGAUAAUCAUGGAACAAAUUCCUCAUCAGAUGUGAGGCGAAGUUUCAGGGCCAUUCAGUUAUUAAUACAAUAAGGUUUGGAGGUUGUUUUUUUUUAUGUAUCUAGAAAAUGAUUUAUUGUAAAUAUAUAAAUGCAAAUAUGUAUCAUAUUGCUGUCCUCAGCCAUGUACUUAAAAGACAAAAAAUUACAUUUUUUAAAGUAUUGUUUUAGGAUGGAAGCAUUGCAAUCUAGAAGACACUGUCAUGAAAGUGUAAAUCAUUUAAUCAUUUAAAGUGAUACAGAAAAGGUUUAUUUGAAUAAUUAACGUGUAUAUUUGUAAAGAUAUUUAUAGACUUAACAUGUGGUUCUUAAGUUCGAAAGGUCUAGUUUAGGAUUUUAGUACUGUACGCAAAGAUUUUUAUUUCAAUUUUUUUGUAACUUAUUUUACAACAGACCUGCGAUGUUAUUUUUCACAACUGGCAGACUCCUCUGGUUUUUGAUCCAUCUUUUUUUGUUGUUUUUUUUGUUUACAGUUUAAAAAAAUAAGAAUGUAUGACAGACGCAAAGAUGAUUUUUGAGAGCGAGUGUGAUUCGGCCGCCAGGGGAGGACUCGUGAGUUCAAAUUCGGGUUUGAAAAGUUGACGUUUGCAAUAUCAAAGCAACGGUUAACUCUUGCUGGGCAAGAAAUGAUGGCAGCGCUUCGAGAUAUGUACCAGAGAGGCCUUUUAGUAUAACUUAAGUACUUAAAGACAUAUUGAACAUCAACAACAACUAGCUGUGAAUCAUAAAAAGCCUUCAGAGAACCUCAGCAGCCUGUUUAAGUAAAAAUCCACCUACUGAUGCUGUUUCACUGUUCAGUCUGUGAUGUUAUAGAUAUCCAAUGUAGUACCCCAUAUCCCUUAGUUAGAGAACAAGAGCUAUUUCAGACGCAAUUUCAGUGUUGAACUACAUUUCCCAGAAUACUUUCAAGCAAUUAGAGAAUGUGCUUGAACUCAUUUCAGAACGAACGCAUUCAGAAAAAUGUGAAAACAUGAAGAGAACUAGUGUUAGCAGCAGGUUUUUAAGAGCAAAUGAACAACAACAAAAAAGAAAAGGGAACAUUGUAUUGCUUUCCCUGAUCUUACUCUGCAUUUAGCUGCAAUGCAUUUUGGGGUUUUGAGUCAAAUAAUAGUGCAGAAUUUGUUCUCUUUUCCUCUUUAACACCGGAUUUCUUCAUGUGUGAUAGUUGAACGUCAAUGACUCAAGUCUAGAAAGAAGCUCUUGGUCCUUGAUUCUGAUUCUUAAUUUACAAGAAUAAAUUAAACACACCAAAUUACAAAGAAAAAAACAGAAAUUCAAAGUAUCUCGCCAUUAGUUGGUAUUUCUUGAACAGUGUCAAAGCCUUUCUAGGUGGAUUUUUUUAUACUUUUCUGACUGACGGCUUCAAACUCUGAUAUUGUAAAAAAAAAAAAAAAAAAGGUCACAGGGUCAAUGCUAACAAGCUGUGUCGAGUGUCAAAGUGCCCUUGAGCAAGACACUGAGCACCAGUGUGCACACUCAUGUAUGAAAACAUCAGCUUGAAGAAAGAAAUGUAAAGCUGUUAUGUCCUUUUGUGCUUGAGUGUUACUAAAAAACCUGCCCAGACAUUUGAGAUUUUAUCGCUGCUCUAUAGUAUUAAUACUGAAAUGAAGGCAUGCUGUGCGACUUACAGAUCACACAGCCAAAAAGAGAAAGUAUAUAUACAGUAUAUAUAUCGGUUUGUUAAAGGAGACUCUGAAGUCUGUGGUGGAUCCUUCUUCAAACUUAAAAAAAGUGCCAAAUUAGUCUUAAAAGUCUAUUUCAUCGAGUUCUCUAGGUCUCUGAACCAAAUACUGCACUGUCGAAUGUAGGCGGGCGGAGGCUACACAUGCAGGGAAGGAUCAUGGGAUUGCCAAAUGGAUAUCUCCCCUUCUUUUUAUGCUGUCGUCUCUCCAGCUGACCCCCCAAAAAAAGUGCAAGGGUUGAAAUGUUUACAGUCUGUUUUUAGCAAAGUCACAAAAGGGAAAGCGAUGUUCGAGUGGCAUUGAAGGGUUCAGAAACAUGAUUCACUCGCUGCUAAAUGGAAACAGGAGUAACACUUUACUGUGCAAUGGCCUUGUUCCAGUGUGUGAACUGAAUUUGUUUGUAUUCACCCAACAAGACUGUGUCAGUACUUAACGAAAUCUCCCCAAUAUUUAAAGUUCUUAAAAGAGUGGACAUUUGUAUUUAAUUCCGUUGCUACACUGAUUUUCUUUUAGCACCAAAUUAUUUACAUUUUCAUUGGUUUAUGCACAGAAACAAGGUCUUUGUAAAGUGAAAGGUUACUCUGGGUUAUUGUUAUUUCUCAUUUCAGUACAGUCUUGCAGUUUUGGCCCGAAUCUAUGAAGUGCCUGGAAUAAUUUAGCAAACAAAAAGGAGAUUAAUUGAUUGAUUUUGAUCACAUUUUGAAUGUAUAAUCAGAAAAAUAAUAAUUAAAAAGCAGUUCUCUUUAGAAACAGGCUAUGUAAAUAUUAGCCACAUUUUUUAUUUCAAGUGAACAAGACAGACAAAAAAGGCACUUGUGUAAAGGUUGGAUGGAUCUAAUGAAACGGAUGGUGUUUUGUUUUAUUUAUUCUUCCAUGCUGGGUAAAAGCUUUCCCUAUGGUGAGAGUAUUUUUAUUCAUAGCUAUCUGCUUUUCAGUGUUGUUUUUCAUUAAAGAGCCAGAAGAUGAUGAUGAUGAUGAUGUAGAGUAGUCAUUUUACUAGAUACUGAUGCCCCCAUCAGGCUUUGCUCCUGGCUUAAUUUAUCCUUUAUUUUAUUUUAUUCAGAUGCCCUCCCUGGCCUUUUUUUCUGUAUCCUUGACAAGCUUUUUAGUCUGAUGAAUUUGACUCUGUGUUAAAUCACCUUUUAAAAAAGUAUGCGUUGUUUUUAACAUGUGUCUUUGUUAUGGAAGCAAAUAAAUCGUAACACUGGCUUCCGCCGAUCAGCGGACUUAACAGCUCAUAGAAGCAGUUAAGUCACUGAGUCUGUAGAGUCCAUAAAUCCCCUUGGAAAUCAUAAAAAAGAUCCUUAUAACUGCAGAACUUGAGAAUCAUCAUGUUUUUAAGUUUUCUUCAGUAUCAAAGUAAUACCUAGUUGUCUGUUCAUCCACGGCUACACUGCAAACAAGACCUCAUAGCUAAUUCGGCUUAUUUUUUAUUGUGCUAAUUUGCACAAAAAUAAAUAAUAAAAAGCAAGUAGCCCAUAUAGCGUUGGUUAUAUACAACUAUUGAGGGCCCAUUGUGCUGUUAAGUUUGUUUUUUAUACACAAAGUAUAGCUUGCUAACAUUAGCAGUGAUUCAACGUUACCAAAAUUGGACAUUUCGUUAGACAGCAGGACGGGAUGAGCUCCUUUAAAUUAUGACGCCGCUUAAACAAUAUUGAUCAUCAUGACAGAUAAGAAAUUCCUCGGGGAAACGCUGAAUAGUAUUUGUAUCAGGAAUAUAUCAUUAACCCUAAUGCAAAAUGAUUAGCAUUGGCCAUGAAAAUCUGCGACAGAUGUUAAAAACAACAAAUCCUUUUUUUUAGAGUGAACAUGUUUUCUUUGCUAUUGAAUGAAUAAACACCACGGCCUCAGCAGGGAGGGACUCUUACUGUAUGUACAGUCACACAUCAGCCUUUAACCACCUGUCGUCUCCACUCUGACUGACUUAUUUAUUCUCUUUUCCGUUCGACAAAAAGAAUAUCAGGAUUUGAAACUGGGAGGAGAAAAGGGUGAGACACACCUUUCCCGCCAGAGAUAUCAAAACGAUACAUAAUCCACGCUGUUUGUUUGUUUGUUUGUUUAUUUGAUUUUACUUUUUACAGAAUGGUUAGUUUUCACCAGGCUCUCCGUUUUCAUCUUAUCAUGCAGUUCUAACCCGACGAUGUUAGUCCAGAUUAAUUUAUAGUUUGAGAUAUGCUUUUUACGUUGCUGAUGUACAUGAGUAGAGUUUUAUGUAGCUGUGUGAGCUAUUUUGUAAGAAUUUUAGCGAGGAAGUGAUUUUCGUAUACGGUUGAUUUUCCUUUCCGUGACGUCACGUUUCAUUUUGCAUUCCACAUCAGGUUUUUUUUUUUUUUUUUACAACAAUAGUGAGACAAAAAUCAUGUUUGUCGUUUGUUUUUUUCCCCACAUAAUUUAUUUUUCCUCCCUUUGUAUUCAUGUUUCUAACAUAGAAAGGUGGAACUAACCAUUUGGCAUUAUGUGAUUUUUUUUAUUUUUAAUUCAUAGCUUGUUUGUUGCAAUGUACCUGUUUUGAUCAUGAUAAAUCCUCUGUAACAUUCCACCACAACAACCCCUCUGGGCAAUCAUCUCCCACUGGGAUAAAACAACUAUUUCUCAACUCUCUCUUUCUCUCUCCCCCUCUCUCUCUCUCUCUCUCUCUCUCUCUCUCUCUCUCUCUCUGUGCCUGACAAACUAUGCUGUCAAAAAAGGUUUUCAAUAAACAUGUUAUAAUAGCGUU